AUGCCACUUCGCGCUAUUCCGGGGCCAUGGUAUGGCAGAUUUACGCACCUAUGGCUGAAGAAGCACAUUCUAGCCGGCCAUAGGAUGCAUUACAUUCACGAUCUGCAUGUAAGGUAUGGACCCGUGGUACGGGUAGCUCCUGAAGAAAUCGAUAUCGCCGACCCAGCCGCUUUCAAGGAAAUUCAUCGAAUCGGCGGCGGAUUCCUGAAAAGCCCGUGGUACCAGAGCUUCCGUAAGGGAGAUACUGCCGACGUUUUUUCUAUGAUCAACCCGAAAGACCAUGCCCAGAGACGAAGGCUACUUGCGCCGCUUUUCAGCAAUUCUGCGCUGAUGAAUAAUUGGUACCCUGUUAUCAUAUACAAUGUUACAAUGGCAGUCGACAAGAUCAAGCGAGAGGCAUCCCAGACUGGCCAGGCAGAUGUUUUUAAGUGGUGGACUUUUAUGACAGCAGACGUCAUCUCGCAUCUUGCAUUUGGAAAACCGCUCGAUAUGCUUAAUCUGGAGAAGAUCGAAGAUGCCUCGAAGUUUGGACUCAUCUCAUCCGAGCUACCACUACUAUGCUCCCUCCUGCAAUGGGUACCAAUCAAGGCCGUGCAAGACCUCGUCAACUCCGAUGACAAGGUGCAAAAACUCGCAGAAGAGACGAUGCGACAGGCGCAGCGCGGUGGUAUCGGUAUGACAAACAUGUUUUCCAAGCUCGUUGCCGAGAAUGAGAAGGACAGCCAGUCACUUACCGACUACCAACUGGCGUUUGAGGCAGGCGGCUUUAUAGUUGCGGGCUCAGGAACUACUGCUGUGUCUUUAACCUAUCUCGUCUGGGCGGUUUUGUCGAACCCGGACGUCCAGGCCAAGCUUGAGGCGGAGGUUUGCGCGUUGCAGCCAUCUCAUACUGACACUGACCUCGAAAACCUACCGUAUCUAUCUGCUGUGAUUGAAGAGACCCUUCGGGUGUAUUCUGCUGCCCCUGGAGCACUUCCCCGAAUGGUGCCGAAUGGAGGUGCAACACUGGCAGGCUAUUUCAUCCCGGAAGGCAUUACUGUCAGCACCCAGGCAUACACGUUUCAUAGAGACAGUACUGCAUACCCUGAGCCAGAUAAGUUCAUGCCUGAGAGAUUCAUCUCACCAUCAGGGGAGUUCCAGCCAUCCCGAGGCGUGUUCGCGCCGUUUGGAGCAGGUUCUCGCACCUGCCUCGGACUCCAUCUGGCACGCAUAGAACUCCGACAUGGGGCUGCUCUAUUCUUCAGGGAGUGUAAGGGUGCUCGAUUAUCUCCCCGGACUACACCGAAGUCUAUGGAGAUGAUGAAUUACUUCCUGGUCAGCCCAGCAUCGGAGCAGUGUUGGAUAACGCUUGGUACUGGAUCUGGCGAAGUCAACGUCGCUUGA